AUUAGCUUUUCCAGAUAACAUAGAAAAGUUCAUUGAUAGUUACUAGAUCAUGGCAACAAGGGAUAUUUUCGCUUGAUUUAUGGUCCGCUAUUACCCACGAAAACAAACAUCACUUAGGGGCCUCCGCAGAAUGUUUUAUCACUGAUACAUAUACCCUAGUCAAAUCUGGAAUUCGGUGUGACAUACAUAUAUAUCUGUUUGUAUGGAGGAACAGCGGAUAUGUACUUUUCCGGUUUCUAGAUAUGUUAUUUCCUACUUUUCGUUCUUGUAAAAUAUUUUUGCAAAUAAUCACAUCUCGUUUAAUGAUGUGAAAUUACUUUUUCUCGCAUUGAGCUUUGAUUAUCCAGGAACAGUUUUUCUUACACGGAUAUUCUGAUAAGCAAUGACACACAAGUUCUCAUCGGAGCAAGUUGAGGAGUAUCGUGAGGCCUUUAAUUUGUUUGACAAAGAUGGAGAUGGAAGUAUCACCACGAGCGAGCUGGGCGUGGUAAUGCGGUCCCUGGGACAGGAACCUACUGUUAAAGAACUCGAGAACAUGAUUCGAGAGAUUGACGAGGACGGAAAUGGUGCCAUAGAUUUUGAUGAAUUUUUACAUAUGAUGGCGAAGAAGCAGGCAGAAUGCAGUGACCCGGAAGAGGAACUGAGAGAGGCAUUCCAAGUAUUCGACAAGGACGGGAAUGGGUAUAUCAGUAAAGAGGAACUCCACCUAGUGAUGAACAAUCUAGGCGAGAAGCUCACGGACGAAGAAAUCACCGACAUGAUUAGAGAGGCAGAUUCCGAUGGCGAUGGACAGGUCAACUAUAGGGAGUUUGUCAAUAUGAUGGAGAAACCCUCACACUCCUCCAACAAUACGUGAUGCUUGUUAUCAUCAAUGACCUGUUACAGAAACUGCGUCAUAAACGAAGAGAAUUAUCAUU